AUGCUGCAGAGCUCGCCCAGCGCGGCCCCCGCCUCAGCCUCCGACAUGGACAAGAGCAGCCCCUGCGGCUCCGGGAUCCCCGGCUCCUCGGCCGGCAGCAAAGGGCAGCAGACCCGCUCCGCCUCGGCCGGGCCGGCAGGGGGGGAAUCUAAGCCCAAAGGCGAUGGAAAGAAUGCAAGUGGAUCCAAACAACGUUACAAUCGUAAAAGAGAAACUUCAUAUUCAAAAAAUGAGAACUUUUCCAGCCAGUCCCGUCGCUCCAAUUCACAGAAAAGCAAAGCUUUUAACAAGAUGCCCCCUCAGAGAGGGGGCACUGGGGGAAGUGGCAAACUUUUUAGCUCUUGUAAUGGUGGAAGACGAGAUGAGGUAGCAGAGGUUCAACGGGCAGAGUUCAGCCCUGCCCAGUUCUCUGGUCCAAAGAAGAUUAGUCUGAACCACUUAUUGAACUUCACCUUUGAACCCCGUGGCCAAGCAGGUCACUUUGAUGGGAAUGGACACGGCAACUGGGGGAAAAGGAACAAAUGGGGACACAAACCCUUCAACAAAGAGCUCUUCCUACAGGCCAACUGCCAGUUUGUGGUGUCUGAGGAACAGGACUACACAGUGAACUUUGCUGACCCAGAUACCUUGGUCAACUGGGACUUUGUGGAGCAAGUGCGAAUUUGUAGCCAUGAAGUGCCCUCCUGCCCAAUAUGCCUGUAUCCACCUACUGCAGCCAAGAUCACCCGUUGUGGGCAUAUCUUCUGCUGGGCAUGCAUUCUGCACUAUCUCUCCCUGAGUGAGAAAACCUGGAGCAAAUGUCCCAUCUGUUAUGGGUCUAUUCACAAGAAGGAUCUCAAGAGUGUUGUUGCUAUGGAAACACGCCAGUAUGCAAUUGGUGACACCAUUACAAUGCAGCUAAUGAGAAGGGAGAAAAGUGUUUUGGUAGCAUUGCCCAAAUCCAAGUGGAUGAAUGUAGAGCACCCCAUUCAUCUUGGAGAUGAGCAGCACAGCCAAUUCUCUAAGCUGCUGCUCGCAUCCAGGGAGCAGGUGCUGCAGUGGGUGAUCUUGGAAGAGAAAACCGCAUUACUACGACAGUACGAGGAGGAAAAGAACACCCCUGAAGCUUGCUUUAUUGAGGCAGCUAUCCAGGAACUGAAGCAUCGAGAGAGGACUCUAACUUCAUUGGACCAGAGUAGUGAUAGCGACGUCGCAGGAGCCACAGCAGCUGUAGAAGAAUUGGUCCUGAUGGAACCUUCUGUGGCCAGGGAGCCUGCAGCUUCCCAGGAGAAAAAGCAGUGUGUUCUGGAAUAUCUUUCUGCAUUUGAUGAAGAGAUGGUGGAAGCCCGCUCCAAUUCUAGAAGCUCCUUUCCUCUUCCCCUGGAAGUAGAAGAGGAGGUAGCUGAGGUGGACACUGAGGCAGUACCAGAUGUGAAUGCUACAAAAGAAACGAAUCCAUCAGAAAGUAACUACCAGGAAUCUAAAGUUACAGCCAACAGUGGACGUUUGAGCAACUCUCCUUUUUACUAUUUCUAUCAAGCGGAGGAUGGACAGUGUAUGUAUCUUCACCCUGUGAAUGUUCGCUGUCUUGUUCGUGAGUAUGGCAGCCUGGAGAACAGUCCAGAGAAGCUCACUGCAGCUGUGGUGGAGAUAACUGGCUACUCUAUGACAGAGGAUAUGCGACAGCGCCAUCGUUACCUAUGUCACUUGCCUCUCACCUGCGAGUUCAGCAUCUGUGAACUGGCUCUGAAGCCACCUGUCAUAUCAAAGGAGACCCUAGAGACAUUUUCUGAUGACAUUGAAAAGAGGAAACGCCUGCGGCAGAAAAAAGCUCGUGAUGAGCGGCGUUGGGAACGCAGAAUUGAGAUGGAGGAGAAUAAGAAGCAGGGCAAGUAUCCCGAGGUCCACAUUGCUUUAGAGAACCUGCAGCAGUUUCCUGCCUUCAGUGCUUGCUCAGGAGAACUCAUCAGCAGUGAUGACCAGAGCUCCUCUUUGUCCCUUCUUGGCAGAAGCUCUGUCUCUCUCACAGAGUCUGUCUCAACUCCAUUGGCAACUGCUGCCAGCCUGGCUAGCCCACCACUCUGUAUCGGAAGCCUGGAAGAAGAGUCUCCCUUACCCUCCUUUGCCCAGAUGUUGAGAGUUGGAAAAGCAAAGCCAGAAAUGUGGCCCAAAGCUGCCUCAAACACAAGAGAUCAGAAUACCCUGGCACCUCCUGUUCCAGUGGAUAGUGAUGGAGAGAGUGACAACUCUGACCGUAUGCCUGUGCCCAGCUUCCAGAAUUCCUUUAGCCAAGCUAUUGAGGCAGCCUUCCUGAAGUUGGACAAGCCGUCCACAUCUGACCCCCUCUCUGAGGAAAAGGGAGGCAAGAAAAGAAAGAAACAGAAGCAGAAGCUGCUAUUUAGCACCUCAGUUGUCCACACAAAGUGAUGCUGCUGUCCAAGAAAGUUCUGUCUCCUGGUUUUCAUUUGCUUUUUGUUUUGCUGCUAUAGUUUAAGUAUUUAAGCUUGAACAGACUAAAUCCAUGUUUCUAGGCCUUGAGGGGGGGAAAACCAUAGAUAUCUUUUCUUUUCUUUUUUUUUUUUCUUUUUUUUCCCCUAGCACCUUCAAUUGGUUUAUACAAAAUCAAAGUAUUAAGAGAAACUGGAACCUGGCAACCUUUAGCCAAGGUUUCCAGUCUGUGCCAAGUCAGCUCUUUUGGCCCAUCAGCAGUUUGAAUGUGUUUUACUGCCAGUUUUUUCCAAUGUGGUGUCAUGUCAUUCAAAAGGCAGAGACGCUCUACUCUCCCUAUGAGUGUGUAUCGUGAGGAAACCAUACAUGAGAUCUGGCAGUAGGUGCAAUUAGCUGUAAAGCAAAAUCCUUUUUCUUAGCAAGUGCAGUUGCCUCCCACUGGAAACAGGCAAUACUGAAGAGGUUCUUGUUUCUAGAUCAUAGUAGGAAGGAGGGUUCUUACUUUUUAAAAUGACAGGAGUAGCCGUUACUAACACGUUCUGGUGCCUAAGGAUUAGAUCUAGAGUGGGAAUAAAGUAGAUCCUCAUUACCAAACUCAAAUUACAAUACAUACAGGACUCUCUGCAUUUCAGAAUGAAUGUCAGGGAAUGACUUUGUUAUAGUACAAAGCAGCUAUGUUACUAUGUUAACAUGGAUGUAGUAAUAAGACUGAUAUUUUAGCCAGCAUAGGUUACAAAGAGAAUUUCUUUGCCUCCAUGCUUUGGAGCAAACAUUCCACCCUAGAGUCUUUAACUAUGCUGGGUGGGUUUUUUGAGAUCAGAUGAAUAAGUGAUAUCUAAAAUCUGCAGAAUUAACCCCACAGCAAGGAGCCAGGCUGUCCUGUCCUGGGGGGAACAGGGGCCUUGUUCUGCUUUGUGCAGGGAUGCAAGUUGGAUUGUACUAGGCUCAUCUUACUAUAAACCUUUUUCUCCCCUCCCCACCCACACUUUUUUUUUUUUUAUUGGAGCGGUCUCAUUCUGCACUGUCUGUGGUUUAAUUUGAAGCUAAUGCAGUAAUUGGUGUGGAUUUUCAUUAAAUAAAAUGAACAGUAGGUGUAAUGUACCAGCAAAGGCAAACAGUUGCAAUAAAUCAUAUGCACAAUUGGAA